GUUUGUCGUGGACCUUUUCUUGGAUCUCGUUUUUAAGUUUCCCUCUGAUCUUAGCUGGGAUUAUUAAAUAUGUAGAGAAGAUAUUGUGUCUCAAGCAAAAUAAUUCACAAAAAACAAAACCAGUCAUUUCUAAUUUCUUUAAUACUCAAGGUCCUCGAACCGAUAACUCUUCAGCCAAUAAUGACCCUCAAAAAGCAAACACAAAUGUGUUGGCUGGUUAUCUAUUGUUUAUAUUUAUGAGACCAGAUGUCAAUGAUUAUCUCUCAUCCCAUAAUGUUCCCGAUGUUCGAAAAAGGAUAAAAGCUUAUGUCAAAGAAACUACACAUAUGGACGGCCUUGGUGCCAUCGAUUUGAUGAACGGAUUCUUCGGCCAAGGCAAAUAUGACAAAUCGAUUGGUGUUUUCGACAUUCUUGCUGCUGAAAUUGGAUUUAUAUUUGACGUUGUUUACACCAAAGCUGCUUUGAUUUACACCAAGUUGGGAUGUUUAUUGCGCUUCAUCAGUUUCGCUAGCUCCUUCUCAGUUCUACUACUCUUCUUUAUCAGCAUAAUUAAUGAGCCAAAAUUCCAUUUCUCAAGAAUUGAUAUUGGCAUAACUGGCAUCUUAUUGAGUGGAGCUAUUGCACUGGACCUUUAUGCAGCAUGUGUAAUGCUUUCUUCUGAUUGGGCAAUUCUUGUUGUGCAAUUUCAUGAUAUUGUGUUCGUACGCAAAAUAUUUAAGGUCGCCUUAAAGUGCUUCCCUUUCUUAUUGCGUCGAAACGAAAGGUGGUCAAAUCAGAUGGGUCAAUUUGAUCUAUUGGAAUAUUGGUGGCGUUACAAUAAAAGGAAGGUGAACCAAUCAUGGGGCAUUCUACUGAAGAUCACUAAUGACCGUAAAAUUGUUGAAAUGUGGCACAAAUACCGGUUCACUACAUUUGUGACAGUUCCAAAUUAUUUGAAAGACGUUGACAAUUACGACAAGCUCUCUAACUCAUUCUUUUUGGAGAAAGAAUUCAAGAUAUCAAGAGGAGAAAAGGCACUACAAGACAUGCAACAAUUUGAUGAACUAAAAUGGAGCAUUGAAUUGGACUUUGAUCACAGCAUCAUAGUAUGGCAUCUUGCCACAAGUGUUUGCUACUUACAAGAGGAUCAUGAUGAUGAUGAAGCCAGUGUUUGCUACUCGCAAGAGGAUAAUGAUGAUGAAAUCAAGAAAACCAGUAAACACGUAUCAGAUUACAUGAUGUAUCUACUAGCUAUGUGUCCUGCCCUGAUAUUGCCCGAGCACAGCAAGAGUUUUUGGCUUGAUCAUACUUAUGACAAGCUAAAAGGACUUGAGUUACCUGAAACUAAUUCAAGAAAUGCUGCUUCCACAUUACUUUCUCAUCAAGAUAAUGUUCCCAAAGAGGAGAUUGAAUCCAGUGAGAGAACAUUUGAAAACAUACAGGAAGAAGUGGUCGAAUUAGUCAGAGUUUUGAAGCGAUCAAGAAAUAAAUGGGAGCUGAUUAGGAAUGUCUGGAUAGAGAUGCUUUUUUAUGCAGCGGUUUCAAGUCAGCACAUUAGUCACCUUAAGCAGCUAAGAGAAGGCAUUGAAUUCCUCUCAAUCAUUUGGCUUUCCCCAAGUCGUUUAGUGAUGGCUCGUUUCUUGGAAGACAAGUAACGUGAUCAACAUUUGGGGGCUUGGUGGCCUUUCAUCUCAUGUAUGAAUUACAUAAUUCAAGAAGUUACAACGAAAUUUAUGUUCAUUUUCCUAAAUAAAUUUUCAUAUAGUAAUUAUUGCAUGCAUUGAUCUGUAUAAAUUAAAAUCUUUUGA